UCCCUCCUCCUCCUGUCCUGCAGACACGCUGACUCCCAAUGCAAGAUCUUGCGUUGCAACUCCCAGUAUCUGGCCCGCCACGGAGAACCUGGACGACUCGGUCGCGACGGCCGCUCGCUGCGACGACGCUUUGCGCUCCUACUCCAGCUGCACGCGCCGGACGGCCCGUACCUGCCGCUGGGAACCUGGCGUACCACUCCGCUGUGUACGGCAUCGAAGACCUCAUGAUCCAUAACAACUGCUCCAGGGAAUGGGCCCACUUCCCUGCCCCAGCCCCACAGCCCCCGCCCGACCACCAGGGCUUCACGUCCCUGGACAUCUGCGACUACGAGAAGAGCUUUGCCCGCAAGCACGGGAGGGCCCCCGCGUACCAGCACUGCGCCGCCUUCGGGGACCCCCACGUGCGCACCUUCAGGGACCAGUUCCACACCUGCCGGGUGGAGGGUUCCUGGCCGCUCCUGGACAACAACUACUGUUUGUGCAGGCCACCAGCUCUCCCGUCGUUAAAGGGGUCAAACGCUACUGCCAUCAGCAAGCUCACCAUCAUUUUUAAGAACAUGAAGGAGUGCAUCGAUGAGAAGGUCUACCAAGCGGAAAUAGACAACCUGCCAGUGUCUUUUGUGGAUGGUUCGGUGAAUGGCGGAGCGAGGCCCGGGGGGAGCAGCCUGAUCAUCUAUGAGCGCACGCCGGGGAGGCAUGUGGAGAUCCGAGCAGCGCACAUUGGCACCACCAUUGCCGUGCGCCAGGCGGGCAGGCAGCUCUCCUUCUCCAUCCGGGCGGCCGAGGAGGUAGUUCUCUCCUUCACGGACGAGCAAGAUUUGCAGCUCUGCGUGGGAGGUUGCCCGCCCAGCCAGCGCAUCUCUCGAAGCAAGGGCGGCGGCAGCAGCGGUGCCCUCGAGAAGGCCCGUCUGCUGUGCAAGGAGAAGCUGCCCGUCGAGGACGUCUACUUCCAGGCUUGUGCCUUUGACGUGGCGACUUCGGGUGACGCCAGCUUCAUUCUGGCUGCCCACGGGGCGCUGGAAGAUGGCAAAGCGUACCACCCGGACAUCAGGAAAAUCCACAUCUUCCACACCGACAGGGCCAUGCGCCCCUGCAGCUCGCCCCUCCUCGUUUUCACGCUAGUCAUUUUAGUCUGUCGCAUGCACUUUUAUUGGUGACUAUUUAUAUUCUGUAAUGCCAAGGGAUCAGCAGGUGUGGCUGGCUUUUCAUAAAGGCCUCAGCAAGCAAAGUCAAGGCCUUAAAAGAAUUGAGGAAUGGGCUCCCCCAGCUCAUGUUGGAAUGUUGGUGCCACUGGGAAAGCUCUCCUGCUAGUCUUUGCUACCCUCUUGGUGUCUUGCAGACCACCUCCUUAAGGCCUGGGUGCUUCUUGGCAUCCUUUGGAGCAUCUGUUGCCACUGGGAUCCAUGGGAAUUGCAAUUUCCCAUGGAUCCCGGAAUAAAAAAAGAAUUGGCACAGGAUGCAUGGGAAACUUCGGUUCCCAUGCAUCCCGGUGAUAAUGGAGAUAAUGAGCCCUGCUCCCCUGGAAACAAAAUGUGGGCACAUCACGGGUUGAAACGCUGAAGACUCCGAGGCUGAAGACGAGCAAUUGUGCAGUAGCAACUGAUAAGUUUCAGGAAAUGGGGUGAAACAAUGAAAGUUGUUUUGGGUAAACUACUCUGGGCCUGAGUAUCUGUCAGGAGUCAAUACUAACCAAACAUGAAAGCAGAAACUCCUCAAAUAUCGAAGGCAGGGGUGGGGAGCUUGUGGCCAAUGGGAUGUUGGUCCAACAGGAUCUGGAGGGCAAGAGAUAUUCCCUGCCCCCUCUGCAAGGGAUACUUCCAUGCCAUAACUUGGAAGGCGUGUGGACCCUAAACUCAUCAAGUCCCAAAUGAGCCCUGCUGUCCCCUGAAGUCUGUCCGUUUGUUUUCAGGCAAAUCCGUUUUCUGCCACUUUUCAUGAUGCGGAAUCUGGAGAGGGGGGUUUCAACGAUGCGAUGGUUCUGUUAAGGUUGGAGAGACGGCACUUCUUAAGAGAGCUGGGAGAAUCUUACGGUUGACUUAAGGAAUGUAAAUGAAAAAGUUCACAUAUUUGGUAUAUUAAAGUUGACGAUGUUUUGUUUGAUAGUUGUAUCACUUAGUGGCCUGGCCACCCUUUCCCACGGAGGCUGUUAGUGUGCGCCACAUGGAACUUUAGUAAUUGGUUUCCCAGUAACUGGAAAAGACCACAUUUAAACCACCCAUUUAAAAUCCCUUGAUAAAACAGCCAUGAGCCAGAGAAUCGUGGGAGAUGUAGUUUGUUAAGAUUGCUGAGAGGAGUGUGGAGACCUUCCUAUUCCCCUCGCAGAACUACAGUUCCCCGAGUGGUUUAGCCACCAAUCUCUCUCCAUCGGUUACUCUGGGAACUGUAGCACUGGGAGGGGGCUAGGGGGUUGCCUAACAAUUCCCGGCACACUUGGCAAACUACAACUCCCAGAAUUAUUUGGGGGCAGUCGUGUUAUGAGUCUUUAGAUGGAUGGUGUGAAAGGGGGCAUAAACCUUUGGAGGCUGGAAAAGGCUGCUGCAGCUUAAAGCUGUAGUAACCUUCCAGGCACUGAAAGGGGGGAAUCCUACAUUUCUCAGCGCCGGAAAGGAAAACGGAGAGCGACGGGAAAUGGAGGAGGGUCUGUGAUGAACCAAGACUCUGUUCUUCCCCUCCAUGUCUCUGCCUCAGAAACCCGGCUCGGUUCCCGUCAGCGCCAGCUUCUAAACUCCACGCACGCAUGCUGAUCUGUAUUGUUCUGCAAAGGGUUUGACAUUAAAAUAAUUUAAUUCUGAAGGCCUCGUCUCUCGUCGCGCUUUAUUAUUUAUUUUACAGAUUCAUAAACUGCUUCACAGCCAGGAGCCAUCAAAGUGGCAUACGGUAAGAUAAAAUGAGAUAAAGCACAAAUGAUACAGGCUCUAAAAACAAAAUAAUUUCUACAGUUGUGCCAUUACUAUCUCAUAAAAUGACCGGGCCACACUUUCGGGGAAAG